AUGGCCACCCGCCGCAUCGCCAACUCGGAGCGGACCGUGCUCGAAAAGGAUGACAAUGGCCCAGAGGAAAAGUCCGACAUUGCGCCGGCAGUUCCCAAGGACGUGAUCUACAAACUACUCGGCUUCACGCUGGCCAUGGUUGUUCUGCCCAUUGGGUCCUACUUUGCUACUGUCAAUACCGUGUUCAACGGCAACGCGUCGUACGCGGGAGGAUUGGCUGCGGUUCUGGCCAACGUGGUCCUGAUAUGGUACAUUAUCGUCGCUAUGAACGAGGAUCAAUCGGAUAGAAUGGAAACGAAAAAGGACAAGUGA